GAGUAAGUUCAGUGCUCACACAGCACAUCUCUCUAUCUCUUCCCCCCCUCGCUUCAGUUUCUCAUACCUUUGCACCACCACCGGGGGUUCCUCCAGAACGCUCGCCGAGAGAAGAGCGCCAUGGCCCGCGUGGUGGUUGAAGGGAUGCCGGAGACGGCCGUCGGAGGAGGAAUGAUGCUGAACCGACGGACGAGCAAAGCCCGGCGGAGAAAGCGAAAGGAGUUGUUCGCCUUCCAGAUGUGCUUCGCGGGGGUACUGCUGGGGCUCGUCGUGGGGUUCCAGUCUCUGGCACAGAAAGCAGGAUAUCACGUUUCAAACUCCAUGGUGGAUGAGGGGGCGAGGUGGGAGAGUCGUCACCUACUACAAGAAGUCUAUGACAACGAAUCCAAGCUCUACGUUGAGCCUGAAAAAAACUGUACCGAACCAGCAAUCCAUGAGUUCCCCAGGGAUUAUUUCACCAACCAGGAGCGCGUUGAUGGAGCAGUGGGCCUGCACGUCCUCUGUGCAGUCUACAUGUUCUAUGCCCUGGCUUUGGUGUGUGAUGACUACUUUGUCCCCUCACUGGAGAAGAUAUGUGAGCGUGUUCAGCUGAGUGAGGACGUUGCAGGAGCUACCUUUAUGGCAGCAGGAAGCUCGGCUCCUGAGCUGUUCACCUCUGUCAUAGGAGUUUUCAUCACUAAAGGUGACGUCGGGGUGGGCACCAUCGUGGGCUCAGCAGUGUUCAAUAUCCUCGUCAUUAUUGGAGUGUGUGGGAUAUUCGCUGUACAGACAAUACGUCUCUCCCGAUGGCCUCUGAUGAGAGACUCGAUCUAUUAUACCUUAUCUAUCUCUGCUCUUAUAGUGUUUAUAUAUGACGAGAAAGUGGUUUGGUGGGAAGCUCUCACGUUGAUCCUGAUGUACUUCGUCUACAUUUUAAUCAUGAAGUGUAACUCCCAUGUUGUCCGUUUUCUGGAGAGGCGGAAGAAGAACUCGUCUGGUUUGAGGAAUGGAGCAGCCAGUAACGCUGAAUUAGAGGACGGCUGUGAUGCUACGGCUGUUCUUCUAAAGAAAGCGAACCACCACAGGAAACCUUCAGUGCUGAUGGUGGACGAGCUGCUGUCAGCGUACCCCCACCAGCUCUCCUUCUCUGAGGCCGGCAUGAGAAUCAUGAUCACCAGCCACUUCUCCCCCAGAACGCGCCUCACCAUGGCCUCACGAAUGCUCAUCACCGAGAGGCAGCGUCUCAUCAACACACGGACUUUGACCAAUGGUGACUCUGAUGUCCCGGUGAAAGGAGGAAGUAGGCGGGGCGUAGAAAAUGGCCUGUCUGGAGCCGAGAGGGCCAUCAGCGGUCGCCAUGACGACCGAGAGGGGGGCAACGAGACAGAGAACGAGGACAACGAGAACAACGAGAAUGAUGAAGAGGAAGAGGAAGAUGAUGGAGAGGGACCAUUGGUUCCCUUCCAGUGCCCAGCGGGUGUAUGCAACAAGCUAAAGUGGCUUCUAGCCUGGCCCCUGUGCCUGCUGCUGUACUUUACCGUCCCUAACUGCUCCAAGCCCCGCUGGGAGAACUGGUUCAUGCUGUCCUUCGUAGCCUCCACUCUGUGGAUCGCUGGCUUCUCCUACAUCAUGGUCUGGAUGGUAACAAUUAUAGGCUUCACGCUCGGUAUCCCAGAUGUCAUCAUGGGCAUUACCUUCCUGGCAGCCGGCACCAGUGUCCCCGACUGCAUGGCCAGCCUGAUAGUGGCAAGACAGGGAAUGGGAGACAUGGCGGUGUCCAACUCCAUCGGCAGUAACGUGUUUGACAUCUUGGUGGGCCUCGGUCUCCCCUGGGCCCUGAAGACUCUGGCUAUCAAUUAUGGCUCUGACAUCAAACUCAACAGCAAAGGACUGAUCUUCUCCGUCGGCCUCCUGCUGGCCUCUGUGUUUAUGACUGUCCUGGGAGUCCACCUCAACAAGUGGACGUUGAACAAGCGUCUGGGUUUCAUGUGUCUCUUUCUCUACUCGGUCUUCCUGUGUUUCUCCUGCCUCAUUGAGUACAACAUCUUCACCUUCGUCAACCUGCCGACCUGCCGUGACGAAUGAGACACACAAACACAGUCGCAUACACACACACACACACACACACACACACACACACACACACACACACACACACACACUGAUGCACACACUCGCACGAGAAGUGGUGUUUGCGUGAAAGAGACGUGGUAUUUGAUGAUAGAUUGAGAGCGAGGAAGUAGAAUUAAAAAAAAUUGUAAAACAGCAGAAAUGAUUUGAAGAAAAAAAAAAGGGUCCUGCUUUUAUCUCUUUUGUGAGGAGAGAUCCGGUUCUGCUCUUUUUCUCUUUUUUUUUUUUUUUUCUUGGUCUUUCUGCACAGUGCAAUAUGAAGCUGCUCUGGUGUUUGCUCACAACCAGAGUGUGGGAUUAAUUUCAGGCGCAGAGAUAGGAAUGACUGACUGUUUCUAAGCCUUCCCAAAGGACUGCACUGAGGACAACAACAACAACAACAACAACAACAACUUGUUUACCGACUACUGCUUGCUUCUGGCGCGAGGACCUUUUUUUCCCCCACAGUGUUUUGGUGUGAAAGGUGUAUUGUUUACUAGCUGCUAACCUUUCCUGAGAGGAAAGAAGAAUCGUAUAGAUAUUCGGAGUUAUAUUGAUAAAAGCAAUGAUGUAAAGAGUUUGGGGGGUGGGGGGGAUUGCGUGCGGCGUCGCAGACAAUGAGCAUUCGUUUCAGAAAAAGAACGGAAUCUGACACAUUUUGUCCCACUCCAUUGUUGAGUUGUGACUUUUUACAAUGUUCACAACAUUUUCAGACACACAGCAAAUCAGAACUGCACGACCCCGUCCUACGACGCAGAAUUACCCCGCCCCCCCCUUUUAUAAAUUAACUGAAAUAGCAUCACAGCUGUAGCUUCUGUCUUUUGUACUGAGAGUUUAUUAGAUUUAUGGAGAGUUUGUAUUUCUUUUCUCUUGUGUAAAUAGCCCACCUGUGUAAAUACCCCCCAGAUGUGAUAUGUAUUAUUUAUUCAUGUCAAACGCACAUUUCUCCUCUGGAGGUCACAAAACACCCAGGCAGGUUUUUAUUUAUGGAUCCAGGGGUAGCUUAAGUCCACACCUAAGACCACCAAAUUCAGAAGACCACUGGUGUUGAAGCAAGCACAAUUUUCUCUGGAGGUGGAUUUCAUUUAUAGCGUGUUUUAGUUUUGUGAUGAUGUAAAAAAAAAAAACAGAAGUCAAACAUGCACUGAAGAGCUGAAAGACGCUUCACAGGGACACAGGAAGUUCUCCUCCUCAUAAUGCAUGCUGAUUACAGGGACAGCCUCCUUGUAAAAUGAAGCAGUGUUUGUGAGUUUAUCGUAGUGAAGAUUUUAGAUUUUAGGUUCCAGCAGUUUGUCAUGGGUUCAUGCACUGCUGCUUUUUUGUUUUUGUUUUUGCAAAGAAACUGACCAAAUAGACUCAAAAACAGUGGCGGCAUUAUGAAAGAGAAGAGCCAAGCAAGUUGGACGAGGUGUGUCCUCGAUGUUGGAUGGAUGUCCUGGGUUCUUACUCCUUUGUGGUCCCAAAGAGGGACUGAGAUAUGUUAGUGGUGUUACCGUAGGAGUAGAGUAAAGAUGCAAUAUAAAGCAUCAGAACUUUAGUCCCAGCUUCAAAUAUUUAAAAGUUGGGAUGUUUUUUUUUUUUUCCAGGAGUUCUUUGUAUUUUGUAAUGCCUAAUGUCUAACUUUUGUCCAGCUAUGGUAGGUUUGUGGUACAUAAAUAUUCCUACUAGUUUUUAGAAGCAUGUACAACGUGGUUUGUGAACCCUACAUGAGGAUUUUUUUAUUUCCAGAGUCGAUGCACGCCAGCGAAGUCACAUUUUUUUUUCCUCAAAGACUUCCGUCCCUGCAGAAGUGAACGCUCGUCCGUCAGGGCCCGUUGAUUCUCACACAGAAUGCAUCCAAAUGUCAGCUUUUCCUCCAGAAAGGUUCAUUUGAAAUGUCAAGUGCCCCACUCUCUUUUCCCCGUCGAGGGAAUGCAAGUGUCGAAACAAAGUCGAACUUCUUUUGCAGGUAUAUUUUAAUUUAUUGAUCAGACAUGAGAUAUCAAAUCUGAGAGGUAUUGUCGUUUGAAUGUACAAAUAAUUAAUGUGCUUUUGUGUUUAUAUUUCAUACGUAUUUAUUUCUUUUAGUGACACAGGUAGAGAACUCUGUGCUAUGACCGGGAAACAGGGUUUCAAUGUCUUUUGAAUCUUGCAAUAAUAAUAUGACCUUACAAAUAUGUAAAUAUGCUUUAAAGAUCAAAGAUGAAUUUAUAAGAGUUUAAAAAGAUGUAUUCAAAUUGUAAAUGACAUUUUCUCUAUAUGUGACACUGUAACAGCUCGUCAUUCCGGAUGAAAUUAUUUGUUAAUGAUUUUUCAACAAAUCCAAACAGGACUGUUAUGAACACAAAGAGCCCAUCAGCAUGGCCGGCACUACCACACAGCACAGUCAAAUUCCUAGUAAGCAGAAUUACCGAAAGCAUCAUCAGAUACGGUCCAUUCUGGUCUAACUGUUUGGCUGCAGUUCAGAAUCUGUCGUAUCCUUGCAGAAAAACGGUUGCACCUCAGUGUACAAAGACAGAGCUUUAUACAAAUGCAUGUUUUCAGGUCCCAUCUUUCUCAACAUUUUCAAACAAAUGUCCCUGAAGAAAUUCUAACUGGAGUUAAGAUUUAAUCUUCUGAGACAGGAAACAAAGAAACAUCUAGGUUUAGAUCAGUGGUUCUCAACUGGUCUAUUCAAAGGUCCUUCAACCAAUCAGAUUUAUUGAAUGAAAAAGAGUGCAGUUUGGACCACAGAUGGAAUGAAACGUAUGACGGAACAAAGAGAAGCAACAAAACCAAGAUGUUUUAAGAGAGCUUCAUAGACUUUUACUUUUUUUUUUUUCUCCAGUCACAUGUUCGCAACCCACUUUUAGAUCCCGACCCACCAUUUGAGAAGCACUGGUUUAGAUCAUGGUGUGACUUUAUAAGCAUUAACUUCUAUCAAGGGGAAUUCUAUGGAGGCUUAAUAACAUCAGUGAGGAACAAGAACCAAUAAAUUCAAUGUAAGAAGUGGCACAAGGGUUAGCAAAACAGUUAUGACAUUUGAACUCACAAGCUUCAAUUACUUAGAUACUUAGAUUUUACAAAUUAAACAAAGUGACGUAAGUCAAAUUAAGAAGCAAAAAUAAAAAAGUAAUUUUUAACUAUUUUAAGCUUUGAGUGAAACAUUUUGACCAUCAUGUGUCUGACUCAGUAUCACAUCUUUUAAACUGACUAAAUUCAAUCGUUUUUCACUUUUAAACGUAGGGUUGGUCAUUUUAUCCAGCAUACACUAUUCAUCACAUUAGUUAAAACGGUCUUUAGUCACAUAAAGAAGGAAGCGCUUUAAACGUGGACUGGUGCUAAGCACAGGGAGCCAACCAGGCAUUUGAUUGGUACUUUCCAUCCAGACCUCAUGGCAGUGAUAGGUGGGAGUUUGUACAGGUUCUUUUUUCUGAGUAUUUAUGGCAGCAUUUAGUUAGUUAAUAUCAUGUGAGCACAAUAUAACUAUCUUGUUCCCCCAAGUUAAUAUCUUGUAUCUUAUAUUUAUUCAUUAUUUAAAUCUCCAUUCAUUAUUUUGUGCUCGGGCUUUUCUUUUCUUCUUAAUUUUUGCAUAUUCCUCUGACCUUUUCCCCUUAAGCUGGCUAUUAUCAAUUCUAAUAAUAAAUGUUACAAACUGCA